CAGAGAACACAAGAGGGCUGCUAGUUUAACGCUGAUGAGCUGCUCCAGUUUGAGCUGAAGAGUUUAAAAGAUGAAGACUGCUGUAGCUGUGCUGCUGUUGCUGUGGUCUGGUGUGGUUGGGGUUGUGGCUGCAGCAGAGCAGAGCUGUCUGACUGAGGUCCGUGCUGUGCAGAGAGAGGUGAUCGCUCUGGUAGCGCAGCAGACACAGGAGCUCCAACUGGCCAAAGCGCACGUGGAGAAACAAAUAGAGGACCUGAAGAACGGAGCAGUCAGGCCCUCUAACGUGGCUUUCUCCGCCUCCCUCUUCACGAACAAUGACACACACAUCGGACCCUUCAAGACAGACCAAACCCUGCAAUUCAACCUAGUCUUUACCAAUGUCGGCAAUGCCUACGACAACAGCACAGGCAAGUUCACCGCUCCGCUCAACGGUGUCUACCAGUUCAGCUACCACGUCUAUGCCGGAGGUGACAACGGAGCCGGAGCUAAGCUCUACCAUAACGAGGAUCAGGUGGUGGCAGCCUACAACCACGUGGCCCCUCACGACAUCAACACGUCCCAGAGCGUGAUUCUGACUCUGGAGAAGGGUGACACAGUGAGCUUGCUCCUGGAGGCCGGCUGGUGGGUCGCAUCCUACCUCGGACAUCUCACCACCUUCAGCGGACAUCUGCUCUUCGGCUCCCUGGAUUGAUAUAAUCGACUAUCUAUCUGUCUAUCUAUCUAUCUACCUAUCUAUAUAUCUAUCUAUCUAUCUCUCUGUCUAUUGAUCUAUCUAUCUAUGUAUCUAUCCCUAUAUCUCUCUAUCUCCCUGUCUAUUGAUUUCUCUCUCUCGGUAAAUUGAAGAGUUGAAUUUAUGGAAUAUCUUGGACAUAAGACUUUUCCUGCACAUUUGUAGCCUACUUGCUGUAAUGUACUGUAGUCUGUUAUGUUGACACAUUUGAAGGCUUAAGAUAGUCAUAGGCUGUGUAGAGAAUUACUCUCUUUGGAAAGCACAACAGUCAUGAAUAUUUUUUUUUUCCUUAUGUAUUUGUAGUGUAAUUUUUCUCUGCAAAAAUAAAGUCAGUUGCACUU